AUGGCCCAGGCGGAUAUUAUUCUCUACACCAACCAUCGGUGCCCCUUCGCCCACAGGGCUCACAUCACCCUCGCGGAACUCGGCCUCUCCUACAAGGAAGAGAUCAUUGACCUAGACACCCCGAGGACCCCCGAGUACCUCAAGGUCAACCCCCGCGGCCUGGUGCCCUCCAUCUCCUACAACGGAGAGAUCAUCACCGAGUCCGCCAUCGUCGCCCAGUUCCUGGCCGACACCUACCCGUCCGACUUCCUGCCUGCGUCGUCGGACCCCAAGGGUGCUCUCACCCGGGCAAGGAUCAACUUCUUCACGGAUGCGUGGUCGACCAAGGUUCAGUCGCAUAUCUUCAAGCUCACCUACUCUGCGUCUGUGAGCGAGGAGGUGGUCAAAGACGCUACCGCCAGCAUCGUCAAGGAGAUUGAGCCUCUCCUCUCCAACGCUGCGCCCUUCUUCAACGGCAGCGACAAGCUCACAUUCGCCGAGGCAAUCGUCGCGCCCUUUGUCAUCCGCUUCUUCACCCUGAGCAAGCACGGUCUCGUCCCCGCCAGCUUUCUCUCGACUCUUGAGAAGGAGGCUCCCAACUUUUACAAGUGGGCUCAGGCUGUGAACAAGCACCCGAGUGUGCUGUCCAUCUACAAUGAGGAUGUGAUUGUCGAUGGUACCAAGAAGCGGAUUGCCAAGCUCAAGGCUCAGGCUUGA